GCCAUGUCCCAUUAGUUAAGAUUCUUCUUCACAUCCACACCGUUUUGACGAUCAGACUAGAUUGAAGACUUCUGCACACGCUCUAAUUCUGAAUCGUUGGAGAGUUUUGUACCGUGGAAUUUCAGCCUUUCGAUCACAACACUAGAAGCAGGUCUUGCAGUCAGUGGAUUCUGUCGAUCCAGCGAGAAAGCGUGUGUAGAUUGAAUUGGGUUGAGCUCAUUGAGUGUGGUUCACGGGGGUUUUGAACUUGGUAACCAUGCGGAGGGCGUCGGGGUUGUGGCCUCGGUUCGAGGGCGUCGUUUUGGGAGCGAGAGGUGUUGGGUAUGGAAGAACGCCGGCUGUGGGGAUGGCAAGUCAGGAGUCUCCUGGGGCUAAUCCCGCCGAGCGCGAGGCUUUCAGGGAUGACCUGGCCAAAUCUUACGGAGAUGCGUACGCCACCCGAUCCUCCGAAGAGGGUUAUGGGGAGAGAUAUGGCGAAGCCGUGAAGGGCGUACUAUCGAAGAAGGGCGACUCGACGGAGCUGCAACGAGGCGAAACCGCCGAGCGUGACCAGAAGUAUGAAAGUGUUGUCGAUGUGAAAUACGACACGUCACAAGGUGAGCAUGUCGAGCAGAAAGAAGUAUCACGGCACAGUGGGGCAAAGUUGGCUUUUGAAGAGGCAGAGACCGCCAGCAAGCGCAGUGAAGAGGCUGGUAAUCCUGGCGGUGCAGCAACUUAAAUCAAAACACAAGAGAUGCUUACAAAUGUGUGAAAAGUUUGAGAAUCGGAGCACUCACAUGACAAGUGGAAGUUGGUGCAAGGAUGUCUCUGCCAGAGUAAAUUGGGUGGAUGACACGACGUUUUGAUCAUACCCCAAAAACUUCUGCUUGUCAUGCUCUACUGUGUAGAUGUUUCGUGAAUUCCAUCUCCGUUUAUUUUCUUGCUACGGACAGCCUUUCUUUAGGUUGCUAGCUACCAUCAGACUCUAAUGAAGACUAUAACAUGGUUGUUCAAUCGUCACUAUUCUCAACAACAAUAAAAACAUGAGAUAUUUGCAUAA